AUGUCGUCGGUAGAUCCCAGUUUACGCCUACCGCGAAUACUUUGCAUCCACGGCGGGGGCGUCAACUCGGCGAUAUUCAAAGCUCAGCUGCGGGCAUUCCUGAACCACGAGCAGCUGAAGAAUCGGUUUCGAUUCGUGUUCGUGGACGCACCUUUCUUCUGCGAUGAGGGCGUCGGCGUGCACCCAGUGUACUCGGACUGGGGCCCGUUCCGGCGAUGGUUCCGCUGGCUGGAGACACACCCUGAGAUUGACCCCGGCGCGUGUGCAUACGAGCUCGGGUACACGAUCGACCGGUGUAUGGAGAGCGACGAGGGCACGGGCGACUGGGUCGGCCUGCUGGGGUUCAGCCAGGGCGCAAAGCUAGCGGCGAGUCUGCUAUAUGAGCAACAGCUCCAGGGUAAAGACGGCCCGUGGCGUUUUGCUGUCAUCCUUGCCGGGCGCGCGCCCAUGGUUAGUCUUAACGACGAGUCCGAGAAGUUUCCCUGGAUGCAGUCCGCCGGCGGGCUGCCCAACGCGGCGGAUUUGGAUAGUAUUUUCGAGCGCCCGGAUAUGAAAUUGAAGAUCCCGACGAUUCACGUGCACGGGCUUAAGGAUGAGGGCCUGCAUUUGCAUCGGAGGCUCGUCGAGGACUACUGCGCCGCCGGCACAACGACGCUUGUCGAGUGGGAUGGGCCGCAUCGCAUCCCCAUCAAGAAGAGUGACGUGGACCGAAUUGUCGCAGCCUGGGUCGAGCUUGCAGAUGAAUAUGGCAUAUGA